GGGGUGUAAACAUGGCCUCGCUCAAAAAAGACAGAGAUCCAAAUGGUAUCAACGUACACAUACAGGCUGACUUUGAAGAUGUGUUCGCGGAGGGAUACGGAAUAGAGAGCGUCGAUUGUGUUUGGGAAACCUCUCAGGAAUGCUUCCGGUGCAGUAAGAACUGUUGUUACAAUCUCCUGGCUGUCUUCUGUGGACUCUGCAUGGCAUUCUUCUGGGGAUUCCAGUUCGCCUUCGUGGCUUUUGAACACGUGUGGUGUGUGACUCCUGCGAUACGGAUCCUUGUCAUCAAUUGUAGCGCCAUGCAGAAGUGCAUCGGCAAUCUCGUCGGCUGUAUUCUCGCGCCAUUUUGCGAGACCUGCGGCCUCCUCUUUUCCAACAUCUCUAUCCAACACAGUGGAACCAAGGGAUAAAAUGGUGUUACGUUUACUCCUUUGGAAUAAGUCUUCCAGUCACAUCGAUACUUCAUUCAUAUGACGUCACCCCAGAUAUUGUGACCGAGAAGUAAUAUAAAUUAAAUUGUUACGCUACCCAGAAACGACGGUUAACUUAGUGAUAAUCACGGAUAGUCUUUUCGACGUGUCAUAGGGAAAUGCUGUAGGGAGGUAGUCUGUUGCUGGGGGACAGCCUGGCAGAGAAAAAGGAUUUUUCAUAUAUUUGUGUACCGCAUUACAUUGUUAUAGCCAUAGAAAUAAAAUCAAUUUGCCUGUUAAUAUCGGCUGCAGGUAUGUACACACAUUAAAAUCUGUUUUCGAAAGCUUUACAGAGCAUGCGCAGUUCGUUUAUUUUCGUUGCUCACUACACAUGGAAGUACAAAUAUACGUGAAAUGAUAUCUUUAUGUAUAAUAGAAAAAUGUUAAGCGAUACAUAUUUAUACAAAUAUAAUUAUAUACAUUAUACAAACCCUAAGAAUAGGCGGACACGUUUCUUUCGAUGUUCUAAUUUGUUUAUCACGAGGCCUGGGGUAGCAGUGUACAGUAGAGGGUUGUGGCCAUGGGUGAUAUUUUUGUUAAAUGGCUAACCCCUGUAUACUGUACACUGCUACCUGGACGAUGUUCCGCUAUGUUUAUCACGAGGCCUGGACGAGAAGGCAUCGUUAUUUAAUGUUACACUGUAACGUCAACAUGAUGUAGACUGAUACUUGAUUUAUAACUUAUUAAAUGUUUAA